GGUAAAAGGCAAACGGAAUUCAAAAACAAUUCAGCAUUGGCAUCUAAACAAAAAGCUCUUGAAAUAAGAUUAAAUCUUUACGGAGAAAAUCAUUCCAAAACAGCACUAAGCUACCACGAAAUUGGAAUCACACAAAAUAAGUUGGAAGAUUACAAGUCAGCAUUACUUUCAAACCAACAUGCUCUUCAAAUCAGAUUGAAACUAUUUGGAGAAUAUCAUCCCGACACAGCACAAAGUUACCACGAAAUUGGAAUCACACAACAUAAUUUAAAAGAUUACAAGUCUGCAUUAGAGUCAUACCAACAUGCUCUUCAGAUCAGAUUAAAACUAUUUGGAGAAUAUCAUUCAUGCACUGCAUUAACUUAUAACAGGAUUGGAAACACACAAAUUGUGAUGAAAGAUUAUAAGUCAGCAUUAGAGUCAGAUCAACAUGCUCUUCAAAUCAGAUUAAAACUGUUUGGAGAAGUCCAUCCUGACACAGCUCAAACUUAUUACAACAUUGGAGUCACACAAUAUCAGAUGAAAGAUUACAACUCAGCAUUAGAAUCCCAGCAGAAAGCACUUCAAAUCAGAUUAAAAUUGUUUGGAGAAGAUCAUCGUGCUACUGCUCAAAGUUAUGAUGGUAUUGGAGUCACACAAUAUCAGAUGAAAGAUUACAACUCAGCAUUAGAAUCCCAGCAGAAAGCACUUCAAAUCAGAUUAAAAUUGUUUGGAGAACAUCAUCGCGACACAGCGCGAAGCUAUCGUGAAAUUGGAAUGAUACAUAGCAAAAUGAAAAGUUACAAGUCAGCAUUGGAGUCACGUAAACAUGCCCUUCAGAUCAGACUAAAAUUGUUUGGAGAAGAUCAUCGUGCUACGGCUCAAAGUUAUGAUGAUAUUGGUGUCACACAGUAUGAUAUGAAAAGUUACAAAUCAGCAUUACAGUCACAUCAACAUGCUCAUCAAAUCAGAUUAAAACUGUUUGGAGAAGAUGAUCCUGACACUGCCCGAAGUUAUCGUCAUAUUGGACUCACACAACAUAGCCAGCAUACAAUGCAAGACUACAAAUCUGCUUUAGAAUCAUAUCGAAAAGCUCUUCACAUCAGAAUAAGACUCUAUGGAGUGUAUCAUCCUGACACUGCCCAAAGCUAUGAGGAUAUUGGAAUUAUACAAGACCUUUUGAAAAACUAUAAAUGA